UAAAAACCCGGCAAAUAACAUGUGUUUUAAUUUUACGCAUCAACCAAGUAACUUAAAUUGUUAUUUAUUCUUAUAUACUAUGAUUUCGAUAAGAGCUUAAUUUAAGUUACUUAGAAAAUGAACGAUAUACCGUGUAGUGUGUGCGGCAGCACCGAUUUAAACUUAGUAGAUGGUUUUUAUUAUUGUGUAGAAUGUGGUACCCAAGAUGUAAAUGUUCGAGAAACGAUUGUCGGGGAAUCAUUUUUUGCGGAUGGAACAAAGCUUUUGGCAACAGGAAAGAAGUUUUCCAUAAUGAUCAAAGAAGGAAUCCAAAUGAGUGCAGAAUGGUAUAAAUGGCAUGCAUACAAUUUCAUACUCUAUGGCCUUACUGAAGAGUUAAUCAAACUUGGAGCUAAACAGAGUAUCAAGACUAAAGUACUCUGGAUUUGGACACGGUAUAUGAAGAAAUUUCAAGAGAAAGAUGAGGAAGAGAAAGAAAAUUUAGAGACCCAGAGUAAAAUUGAAGAUAACACAACAAAGAGACGUAAAAGAUCUAAGAGUCCGGACUCUUUAGAUGGUACUACUAGCUCAGAUUCUGAUGACGAUAACAAUAAUAUACCCGCAAAAUAUAUAAAAAACAUUGCAAUAAUUACAAAAGGAUUAUUACUAGCUAUAUUAUAUUUAGCAUUAAAUUUUGAUAAAUGUUCAAUACAAUUAUCACAUUUAUUCAGAUAUAUAAAAGAAGAUAGAUUAAGUUUAUUUAAAUGUACGAAGUUCGUACCAAAAGAAAUCGAAACAAAUCUAAUACCUUGUUGGAAAAACUUUUGUCAGUGCAAAUGUGAUUAUAAAUCGAACACAAUAUUGCAUUAUGCAUUAACUUGUGUUAAAGUUUUAGAUCUUGGUUAUCCUAUUUUACCUGAUUUUAAUAAAAUGAUAAAUACAUAUAUUAAAGAACUAUGUUUACCUAAUGAUUUUAAGAAUUUAGUAUAUUCUUUAUUACUGUAUCAACCUUAUAAAUUUAAAAUAAAUAAAAUAACAAUUAAAAAAAUGGUACGUAUACCUGAUUAUGAGACGAUUGCUAUGUCUUAUAUAUUAUUAGCUCUCAAAAUGUGCUUCGGAUUAGACGGUGCUUAUGAAAUUCAAACAUCAAAUGUAAUUAAUCAAAUUAAUAAUAAAGAAAAUCAUUUGAAAUCAUACAAAAUAGGUAUGUACACUGAAUCAACGGAAAGAUUGUUUUCAUUUGACGAAUGGACACGUUUUUUACAAUUCAGAAAGAUUUUAAUAUGUCAAUAUUAUUUACCAAUGGCAAGACAUUAUAAUUUAGAAGUUAAUGAUUUCAUUUUAAUGGAACAUUUAGGUGAAAGAAAGAAAAGGCAUAUAAAGUUACGAGACGAAGUGACAAUGGAUAUAUUAAACAAAAUACCAUACCAAAAUAACAUGAAUGUUAUACCUAAAAGUGAAUUUCCACCUUCUUUAACACCAAUGUCUACCUACACCAAUAUUAUAUUAAAUAUAGUUCCUAAUGAUGAAAUAAGAUUAUUACUAAGUGAAGAUUUUACACAAUACAAUCUUAAAUAUGCAACUGAAAAUAUUAAACUUAUCAAUUUAAAUGAAAAUAUUAUAACAGGUAUUAAUGAAUUAAAUAUAAAAAUUCAAUCAGAUUUAGAUAGAAAUAUAGAUGUAAAAAGAUCUGAUAAUACUAUGGUUUUCGUUAGGAAUUGUGAAAAUAAAAAUUGGUUGAAAACAAAACAACCUACUUUAGAGCAUAUAAACGAUAAAACUAUAGAUUCAAAAGUCUUUGAAUCAAGUAUGAAUGAAACUGAUGUUAAAAUCGAAGAUAUUAAACAAGAAGAUAUAAAAUUUGAAUGUUUCGAAGAGGAACAAGAAGGUAUUAACAUAUUUGAUGACAAUUUUGAUUUUUUAUUAAAAGAUGACAAAUCAAUCACAGACGAACAACCAAAUUUAAAUAUUGAAGAAUUAAAUCACAGUAUGGGACAAUUAAAUACAUUCGAUGAAACUGAAUUAAAUAUCGAUGAGAAUAAUUUUAAUAAAGAAGCAAUUAUAAAUGAAUUAAUUGCUUUAGCAUUAAAAAAAUACAAAAUCAAACUCCCAAAAGACUACGUACCAAGGCCAAGAAAACGUAAAGCCGAAAAAACAGAAAUUACCGAAAGUUUGCCUAGAAAACGUAGAAUAAGAACUGUUGAUAUUAAACAGAAAAUAAACAAUAUGAUUGGUUCAUAUUAUAGUCAUAUAGAAACUGAUAUAUUAACUAAAGUGACAGAGAGAGUUAAAGAUGCUUUUGAAAGACAGGAAAAUAACCUCGAUGUGACAAAUGAACAUUUAACCAAUAAUGUUAGCGAUGAUUUAUAUCAUGAACAAACAAACAUAACAGAUCAUUUAGUAAAUACAGGAAAUAUUGAAGAAAAUAAUAGCACAGAUAAUUUGAAUUCAACUAAUAUUGAGCAGAAUGAAGAUUUGAAUGAUAAUUUGAAUAAAGAAGAUCCAGAUUUCGAUGCUAAAACUCACGAUAUUAGCCAAUUGUAUAUUAAAUUAAAUGAUAUAGAGGUUGACGAAUCUCUCGUUAUAGAUAAAGAUCCUGUAAUCGAUGAAAUAAUUUUAAACAAAAUUGAAAAAUCUACUAAAGAAAUAGAUAAUUUGGAUGAACCAGUUACAGCUUUGAGAAAAAAUAAAUUCAGUUUAUGUUUAUCAGAUGACAGUUGCGAUGAACUAAAGCAACAUGAAGAUAAUAAAGAUUAUUUUCCACAUUUAAUUAAUGAUUCAACUCAAAUUAAUAAAUUCAACUAUUGGUUACGUUUUUACAAGAAUGAUUGUAUCUCAAGAUAUUCACAUGCGUAUUUAAAAUUCGAUUCGGAAUUAAAAGAACAAUUUCCCGCCAGUUUUUGUUUCGUUUUAAACGAAUGUGCAAAUAUUAUAGGUUGUUCGACAUACCAUCUUUAUAAAGAUAUGCAAAAUUUGGAAAAAAUGAUUUUUGGAAAAUUAAAAAAAAUACACAGAUGACGUUGUAUUCAAAGUAUGAACCUUUUAUUGUUUUUAAAUGUAUUAUAAUAUUUUAUGUUGGCAUAACUGUGAUUUUUGAGAAAAUAAAUUUGUUCAAAUAUUGUAUGGAAGUAACCUAUGAAUGAAAUUAAGGUAAAAAUUACUUUUUUUUACUGCCUUAAAGCGAAGUUCCUGAAAAAUACUGGCUGACAGAAAACUACAGACUUAAAAUGUUUUGUGAUUCUUUUAAUUCUUAAUUAUGUAU